ACGAGCAAUCGCUCAUAUCAAUAAACAUUCAAAUUAUUAUUUAUUACUCACUACUGUUACUAACUGAUAAAAAUGUCAGUUAAUGCAAAAUGACUAAAAUAGUGAAGUACCUACAUAUUUACAUCACAAACUAUAUCUUGUGCGUGUCAUAACUCCAAUAGAGAAGUCUCGAACACCAAAGGUCUCGAGCGGAUUUGACUUUUAAUUAAUAUUUUAUUUAAAAAAAAACGAUGUGUGAUUUGGAAAUUUUAAAAUUAGAAUCUAGAACAAUCACAUCGUCCGGCAUGGUCGAAUCAUACUUAAAACAACAUUCCGAGUUUCGUUCAAUUAAUGUUUGGAAAACCUGGUCCUCCGACAAUGAAGAUCAUCAUGUUGUAUGCUAUGGUAAAAAAAUUCACUACCAUAAGUUUAUGACACUUAAUAAUGAAAGUAUUACACAAUACAAACAUUUGGAAACCAUGGAUGAAAGGAAAAAAGCCUUGAAGAAAUUAGCGAAAUUAUUAGAUGAAAAAACUAAUUUAAUUUGUGAAAUGGAAUUCUACACAAGGAAACAGUCUGAGAAUGAUGUUAGAACAUAUUUAAACUUGAUAAAACAACAGUUUGAGUUGCAAAACAUAGAACACCAUUCAGGGAAGAUGAAACCAUUUGAUACAGGAACCACUGCUGUUGUCACAGCCCGGUGCGAUCUGGACUCUGCCGUUGACAUGUUCAUCGCUUCAUCAUCAAAUGCACCCUGGAGACUGCGAUCUAUUUUAGUGCAGGAAAACGUGUACGACCAUUUCAAAAGAGCCAUGAAGUGGAAACACGACUUGGGAUGCUCUGAGAAAAAGCCGGAUAUCGAAUUAAGUGACCUUACGUACGAAAUCGAGGGGAAAAAGUUUAUCUUCGAUUACACGGGGCGCGGUGACGUCACCGGGGUCACGAUAGAAGCCUACAGGACAACAAAAGAGCUGUUGCAGUUGCUGGACAAUUGCAAACCUUAUUACCUCAGCUUAUGGGCCAGCGACGUGGCCGAAGCGGACGAGGUUGCUCUGAAAUGUUGCUCGAACGUCGUUUGGUCGAACGAUCUAGCCAAUUUCGCGUCUCCCGUUGCACUUUUCAAUAUAAUAUUCCCUAUUCGUGUCCGAAACGCGGAAAAUGGCGGCGAAAUUAAAGAAUUAGUCAAGGAUUGGACUAAAUUAAGUUUCGGUGAACGUAAACAUGCCUUACUGACUUCGCUGCAAGGAUACAUAGGGAGCAUUGAGUCGAACGCCGAGACGUACCGCGAGAAUGAGUUCGCUCAGAGAUUAGUCGACGAACAAUCUGGUUCUUUAAUUACACACGGUAACGUGUUAAUUAAGGUCUUGAAGAGAACUACCGAACUGCGUCCUAUGGUCGAGGACUUUUCGUAUGAAUGCAUCCGGUCAGCUUUGUUUGGCCUCGGUACCGUUGUCGAUAAGAUUGAGGAUGGCUUGUUGGAAGCGUUUAAGGCGAACGGCGUGCCGAUCUCGCGUCCCACUAUACCGAUUGUCGGUUACUGGACAGCUCUGUACAGAUACAAACUGAUUUGGUCCAGUUACGGUACCAUAUUCGCUAAUUGAACUCGGGUUUUUUGUAAUAAACGCUCACUUCGUUAGGACCGGUGAUUCAGAGUGAAUGUGUAAAAUAUGACCCCACCCCUACAUCAGUGUGCGUAGUGCGAGUUUUUUAACGUUCUCGAUAACGUAAAAGUUAACUCAUAUUUGUAUGCAGUUAAAACAGCGCCCCUAGCGGCAAACGUUCCAACUCUAUAUAAUUUUGACUUAACUUUUACGCUAUCGAGGACGUUAAAAACUUGCACUACGCACACUGGAGACUUCGAUUUCAUUAUAUACUAUAGACGUUACUGCCAUUGUACUAUAGAACUGAUACUUGAAACUCGUGUCUCAAGGUUGUCUCGUGUGGCGGCAUUUACAUUGUUAAUGUCCUUCGGCUCUGGUAAACACUUAACACAGAGAGGGCCAUGAGAGCACUAGCUGCUUAUUAAAAAAUACUUUUUAUACCAGUUUUUAACAACAAUUAGAUUUUUAAGCUGAAGUUGAGAAAAUAAUACUUUUAGGUAGGUAGAAAGAGCGUUUAAAAACACUAUUUUAUAAACAAACAUUUUUGCUUAAAAAGAUUGUAUAUCGUUAUUUUGUUGUACUGGGGUUUAUCCUUAAAUAUAUCGAUUUUAUAAUUUGUUAAUAAAAAGAUAUUUUGA